AUGAGACUACCCGUGAUGCUCCUUAUCGGCCAGCCAGCUCCGCCCCAAGCAAAUGGCAUUUCUACGGCCAUCAACAACAACAACUUUAAUCAGUACCCUCAUUCUCCACCACCGAGCUACAGCUGGCAACAGUCUGGGUCGUCAUUUUCCUCCCCUGCAUAUGGGGCCAUUGGGACGACGUCGAACCCAUACGGCAACGGUGACACGGGCCGCAAUGGGCACAGCUCCUUUGCUUCCAAUGAGGAUGCAAGUGCACGAUAUGGUGUCCACCAAUCGCUAGCAAGCUCGAAUGGACCAACGAAUUCAAGCACGGAGACUACAGCAGCCUCAAUGCCGCGCCAGUCUAGCUUCUCACCAAUCGACCAGACAGACGACUUCGACGAUAUUUCGCCGAGAUUGUCUGACGUGUCCAUUGACAGUAACCCCGACCAGUCAACGCCACCAUCAUCUCUAUCGACAUCGUCCGCGCAAGACAGAGGCUACUCCGGAUUUGCAAGCGGCGCGUUCCGGAACGGCAGCGUUGGAUAUAGUGGUUCUGGCAACGGCGGUGUCCCCAUUGGGGCUGGUACCGCCGGCAGUAUGCCUCCCGCUGGUCGGUCAGACGGCCGCACCAGGUCGUCAAGGCGAGGUGUCAACCGGGACGAGUUUGACGGACCACACCAGUUCCUUCCACGUCCCACACCGCAGUACAUUGCUAUGCAGGAGCGAGAGCUUCCGCAUCUUCCAACAAACUUGCUUGUGCAAGAGCAGGACAGCGUGCUGUCGCAGGUCAACGACCGGCUGUCGCAGUGCGCUUUUGACUUUGUGGCUCGGUACCAGUUCCCUGUGCCGCUGACACAGGACAUGCGGCCGGUGGCACGACCGCAGGAUCGCGAGUGGACCGAAUGGGUGCAGCUGCUCAAGCGUCUGGCCACGAAGCGCCGCAUCCCCGCACGUGUUCUUUACAACGGCCAGAUCAAGCAGUUCGUGACGAUUCUUGAGAACUCGCUUGAGAUGCGCCACGCGGCACGCCACCAGUCGCGGCCGUUGAAAGACGACCGCAACAUUUUGCAGCUCAUCUCGGCCGGCAUCCAAGUGGCCAAAAUUCUCAAGGAUGCGCCUGCGAUGAGUUUCUUGGACCAGCUGUACAUUGCUACCGACCAGCAAAUCCAAGACCGCAGCGCGUCGGCCACAGCCCGAUUCCGUGGCUGA